AUGAAUAUUAUUGUUCUUUUGCCAGAGGGUGAGGUGCUCGAGAAGUUACUUUUUGUUGCCUUGAAGCGUUGCAAACGCAGAUUGUUUGCUAUUUUGGAUCACGAACCAGCGAAUUUGAACCAAUUGAAUGAGUACAUAUCAAAGAUAUACGAAAUUGCUUAUCGCUUCAAUGAAGAUUUGGAUGUGAAUGUUGUCUUCCGAGACCCUCAUGUACCCGACUGUACCUUGAUAAGAUAUAGCUCAUCAGACAGCAAAUUGAAUUACCCAACUAUCGUUGUCCCUGACUCUGAGCUGGAUCAUGUGAAAUUGCAAAUAUCCACAAAACCUGCUAUUUCUUCCACAGUGAAUGCAUCCUAUCAACAAUAUAAGGUUUCAGCUGUAGGAGGCACUUUUGAUCAUUUGCACAGUGGACAUAAAAUGCUCUUGACGGCCUCUGUGUUUGUCACUGCCAGACUACUUAUAAUAGGAGUAACAGGUCCAGAAUUGUUGAAAAACAAGAAAUUUGCUGAAUAUCUGGAGAGCUACGAGACAAGGGUGAAAAAAGUUAAAGCAUUUAUUGAGUUGAUCAACCCUGAAUUGCAGGUAGAAUUUCAUCAAAUUAACGAUAUUUGUGGACCUACCGCGAGUGUUAAAGAUAUAGACGCGUUAGUUUUAAGUUCGGAAAGUGUGAAAGGAGGCGAAUACAUCAAUAAGGUCAGGGUGGAAAAAGGCUUCCCAGAGUUAGAGGUGGUUCAAAUAGCAACAAUAGGAGGCGACGAAGCUGGAGGAUUUCAAAAUAAAUUGAGUAGCACCCAGAUCCGAAAGAAGGAGUACUUAGGACAUCAAGUUUCUCACGAUUAA